AGACUCAAAGUUGAAGCCCACAGUGAGCACGUGACUGAGGAACUUUAAGAUCAGGUUAGAGAGCGCGCAUUCAGUCAGAGAGAGAGACGAUCAGAGACAAUGGCAGCUCGGACAAUAUAAGCAUCUUCUUUUAUCAUCUCUACUGCUCUGUGGAAGGGGCAUGCAGACACAGCUACAGCACAAUGCUCGGGUUUAGGGAAGGACUCUGCGCUCUACCAGCUUUUCUGGUAGUUUGGUCUUCGAGCACUUUUAUAGUGAACUAUGUGAUCGCGCUGUACCGCGGAGACAUCGACCUGAUCUUCCCCUACAUAAGUGAUACUGGGGACAAGCCUCCGGAGAGCUGCAUUUUUGGCUUUAUGUCAACAAUCACAGCCUUUGCAGGGUGUGCCACCACAUAUGCCAGAUAUAAAUUUGUGGAGAGACUGAAUGAGAAAACAGGUGGAGUUCCUCGUGCUCUGAACAUUGCUGCUUUCGUCUGUGCCUUGGUUUCUUGUUUGGGCAUGUGUAUUGUCGCUACAUUUCAGGAGACGUCACAGAGGGUUGUUCAUGACAUCGGCGCUUUACUUUUCUUCCUUUUUGGAGUAAUUUACAUCAUCCUUCAGACCAUAAUCUCUCACAAGGCUCAUCCCUUUGGAGCUUCAAAGACUGUGUGUUGUAUACGCACCUGCUUUGCCUGUGUGUCCAUUGUGGCAGUAUUUCCAACUAUUGUUUGUGCAUUACUUGUAAAAUCAACCAAACUACACUGGCAGAGAGAAGACGAGGACUACACACUUCAUUUGGUGAGUGCUGUGAGCGAGUGGUUGGGCGCCUUCAGUUUCGUCUUCUUCUUCUACACAUACAUACGGGAGUUCAAGCAGUUCACCCUGAAGGUGCAUGUUGACCUGCAAGAGUUUACAUGACAGCACUGUUACACUGAGAGUGUGAGAUAAUGAUGUUUGUGUGAGAUUAUUCCAGUUUGUAUUGUUUUUAAUCAAAUUUAUAUUUUUGUAUAAACUUUGUAACCGUUUAAAGUGUUCAUCAUAUCCAUAAUCUGUAAUUUUUUAUACCUAUGGUUUUUAAUGACAAAAGUAUGAACAAAGAACUGAGCACAUCCUAACAAGGACUUGUUGUAUCGCUAACAACUACUGCACUUUAGUCCAUGUAAUGCAAAUGCCGUCCUGAUCACCAGCAAUAAAAUAAGUCAUGUGAUUA